AUGACCGACUCCAGCUUCAUCCUUGCGCAGCAACGCGUCGUUGCCCGUCGUCAGUCCCGCGAGACCCAGGAAGCCGCUCGCGUCGCCGCUCAACGCUCCGCCUCGGCCGCCGGCGCCCAGCUUCGGCGCUUACCCUUCCCCCUCAGCAGGCUCGCCUACGGCUGGGAGGCCGUCUCCUCCCGCCAAGGCACCCGCCCGGCCUUUCGCGUCUCCCAGGUCGACGCCGAGCUGCUCGACGAGGAGCUUGUCGACCUGCUCAAGGCUCAGGUCGGCGAUGCCUUCAAGUACUUUGCCGACGGCCACCUCUCGGACGACUGGUCGUCCGAGAUCGUCCUGGCGCUGCGUGCCGUCAUCUUCAAGCUCACCAUCUGGGACCACAAUGCGACCUACGGCGCGGCCCUGCAGAACCUAAAGUACACGGAUGCUCGGAGGGACGGGCCCGUGCUCGCGGCACCGUCCAAGGUGCAAAAGUCGCUCUACGGCCUCGUCACCGUCUUCGGAAAGUACGCUUGGACCCGGUGGGAGGACUGGCUCCUCGACCAGGUCGACGGCCAGCACCACCUCGGCCAGCCGAGCCCGAGGGUCCGGCUCCUCUCGCGGUUGACGUCGAGGCUGUCGACCCUCCACUCGACCGCCGCCUUCGUCUCCUUCCUCGUCUUCCUCCUCCAGGGCCGAUACCGGACCUUGCUCGACCGGAUACUCCGCAUGCGGCUCGCGCCCCCGACGAGCCAGGUCAGCCGGGAGGUGUCCUUUGAGUACCUGAACCGACAGCUCGUCUGGCACGCCCUGACCGAGUUUCUCCUCUUCGUCCUACCGCUCAUCGGCAUCAACCGGUGGCGCCGCUGGCUGAGCCGGACGUGGCGGAAGACGAAGGAGAUGAUCAACACGAACACGGCGCCCGACGGCGACGGCAGCGGCGCCGGUGGCGAGUACGGAUUCCUUCCGGAAAGAACCUGCGCCAUCUGCUAUCAGGACCAGAACGACGCCGCCGCAACCGAGAUGGAGGUCAUGGCGGCGGCGGCGGCGUCGAGCGGCGUCGUCGGCUCGGCCCAGACGGACGUCACGAACCCCUACGAGACGAUCCCCUGCGGCUGCGUCUACUGCUUCGUCUGUCUCGCAACGAGGCUGGAAAGAGAGGAGGGUGAAGGCUGGACGUGCUUGCGCUGUGGCCAACACGUCAAGGAGUGCAAACCGUGGAACGGAGACGUGUUGGAGACGACGGCGGCACGCAGGACGAGCUCCGUCAAGAUGGUUGCCUUUUCCGACGACGUCGCCGGCGGCCUGUUGGAGGACGAGACGGCCGACGAGGCGCGAGCGAGCAGCGCCGCCGCCGCCCACUGA